AUGUCUCACUUAUUUCCUAGUGCGAAGGGUGACCAGUUGUGCCCCCUGGGUUUUCAUCCCCAAGUACGUUGGCCUACCCGUUGCAAACGUUGCUUUCGCGACUACAAAGAGCAUGGCAAUAAACGAAAUGGAGAAGAUAUCGCAGCAUCGACACCGAUCCUGCAUGGCUCAUCCCAAUCGCGGUAAGUACCGUUAACUUAAUUGACUCUAUUCGAUCGUUGAUUCAAUUAAUUUUGCAGCCGCGAUGGUGGUAGCAGCACGAGCCUGGAUAAUCCGGUGCGAAGCUGGACUUCAACACAAAACUUGUAUGUGCCCGGUAACGACAGACCACCCGGGAUACCACAAAGACCUGCUUCGUGGGCAUCAACGCCAGAUUUGGACAAUAUUUUGCAAAAUGUGAAAGCCGAUUUCACAGUUAACCUGACGAUACCGCGACGGAGGCACACUACUACAUUCGAAAAUCUCGAAGACCUGGAAACCACGGUUACUCUCAAAAGACCACCUCUUCCACCAAUUUUAAAAGUGGAAGCUAAAAAAGAUGAUACUGCAAAAGAGUUAGAAAAGGCAGAAGAUCAAGGAAUCAUCAUAGAAAAAGGAGACUCUCUAGCGGAACGAGUUCGCAAGAUGAAUUUGAUCAAACGACAAGGUAGUUCGGAACGAGAUAGUCGGGAACGAUCGGUGCCACGAAAAGAGGAAAAUGAACCGGCACCAAUAACGAAAAUUGCAUUAAAACCAACGAAAGAAGUAGAACCGGAAAAAGUUGAACGAAAACGUCGUAUUAAACCCAUUCCAGAAACGCCUGCUCAAGAAUCUGUGAGUAAACCACAAUUAACAUUGAGCAGAACGACAAUUACAUCUACGAAACCUCUAAUAAGUACUAAUACAAUGGCAAGUAUAAAGGAGAAACAGGCUGCAAAACCAUCCACCAGCUCAGACUCACCAAAGGAUUCCACAAAGAUUAUUAGGCGUAGACGUGUCGACACAGGUCCCUUUGAGUCUCCAUCAAAACCAGCCACUACUCCAGUUCUUCCAGUUAUACCACAAAUUUCGAAAAUUGGUCAAGAAUCAUUAAAUAACAGUAGCGAUGACGUCAAAUUCUUAAUCUCGAUUAAAGAUAAUAAGUCAAAGUUAGAUGAGGAUCUUCAUUCGAUCACUACGGAAACAACAGAAACCACAAUUGUUGAUCACAGUGAUAAUCGUGAACUUCAAGAGGAAAUAGAAAGCUUGAGGCGAGAGCUUGAGACUGUGAAAGCACGUUGUGAUCGUGCGGAACGAGAAAAAAGUGAUAUACUACUGCGACGGUUAGCUUCUAUGGACACAGGGUCUAACAGAACAGCCGCUUCUGAAGCACUAAAAUUGCAACAGAAAGUAAACGAGCAGAAACAGUUGAUUGAAGAUCUUCAAGACGAGAAAAAAUUUCUUUCUACAAAGGUCAAAGAGAUAGAGUCUGACAUGAAGGUUCGAGGUGUGAAAAAUGUUGAAGAACAGUUGAGACAGAAAUUGGAACAGGCUGAAACUUUAUGUGAGGAAUUAAUGGAUGAGAAUGAAGAAAUAAAGCGCGAACUGCGGAAUAUGGAGACAGAAAUCGAAGAGAUGCACGACAAUUUCCGAGAAGAUCAAGCAGAUGAGUAUGCUUCAUUGAAAAAAGAACUAGACCAAACUACGAAGAACUGUCGGAUACUUUCUUUCAAACUUAAAAAAUCGGAUCGUAAAAUUGAACAGCUAGAAUCAGAGAAAGCGGCGCUUGGUGCCAAUACGGAUCUUGCCGUUAAAGUGAAACAGUUGGAAGACGAACUGAAAAUCGCAAAUGAAGUUUCUCGCCGCUUGCAGUCCGAACUAGAACAAAGCGAAUCGAAUCCAUCGACUCCUACUAAGAAAACACCAACAUUAGGCAAAAUAGGUAAAUCAACAUCCGCAGAUAAUAAGAUCUCUCGUGCGUCCCUAACCCGUGGGGGAUCUCAAGAAGAUCCCGUCCAGUUACUUCGCGAUCUGCAGGAUUCGCUUGAACGAGAAGCAGACCUGCGAGAGCAGUUGAAGUACGCCGAAGAGGAAGCUGAAAAUCUUCGGCGGAAAUCAUCAAGAGUUGAAGAUGACAAUGAAUCCCUGUUGAUGCAAUUGAAAAAGAUGGCUACGAAGGCGAGAACAAAAAGUUUCUUUAAUACAGGUAGAAAGCUCAGUCCCAGUCCACCAAACCGAAGGCUAGGUGCGGAAACACCAGUAGAUAAAGACGAGGGAAUCUCCGAUGAAGAUGAUCCUGCCGAACUGCGAUUGCAGCUAGAGUUGAAUGAGCAAGAAACAGCAGUGCUUCGCCGUAAAAUAGAGGAAUUAGAAGUGGAAAACAAACGCAACCGAGAACACGUGAAAGAGCUUCAAGAAAGUUUGAUAUCCAAAACAAAAGAAAUGGAUAAGCAAAACAAGUUCCCGUCGUUACUAAGCUCAAAAGGUAAAGAUCCUCUGGAUGCCAAGAAAAUCAAAGUUAUGGAGGAUGAGAUAAGCGAGCUAAGAAAAAAAAUUAUCGAAAAAGAUCGUGAAGUGGAACGGGUUCAGUCUGAGCUGAGCCUUAGUAAGACAAAGGGUGGAAAAGCAUUGGCUAAAGCAAAACCAUUGGAUGCAGCAACGGAUCAGCAGAUUGUGGACCUCAAGCGACAACUGCAAGUAGUCGAACAAGAAGCAAAUGUAUUGCGGCAGAAAACUCAAGCUUUAGAGCAAGAAAAUGAAAAAUACGUAACAGAAAUGAAGCAAAUACAGAGCAAAACAGAAAACGAAUCAGCAACAACUAAGAAAUUAAACACCACUAUACAGGAUUUGCAAAAGGAAAAAACUGAGCUUGAGAGCAAAUUGAAACGAAUUAUAGACCAAGCAUCCACCGGGCUACCUUCCAGGACACCAAAAUUACCUACGGAUAUGCAUACUAAGUUACAACUAAAGAGAAUGGUUGACGAUUGCGAGACUGAAAUUGCUGAGUUGCGUGCUGUUGUUAGUCGAUCGGGAGCGAUGAGCAUAUCCUCAUUGGAGAAUGAGAAAAAACAAUUACAAAAACAAUUGGACGAAUCGAAGGAGCAAAGGAUGAAACUGGAAGCUGAAAUAAAGAAACUUGCGGCUCCAAAAGUGUCAGCAGAGUUGCAGGCGAUUAAGCUAAGCGAAGCCCAGCGAACAGUUCAGAAAUUAGAAGAUGAAAACAGUAAGCAGAACGAUAAAAUCAAAAAUCUGGAAGAGAAGAUAGGAAAAAUUACUACGACCAUGAAAACAACUGAAUCGAGUAAAACUCAACUAGAAUCACAAUUAAAAUUAGAGAGGGACAGAAAUGUAACUGCAGAAAAGGACAUUGAAAAACUUCGGAAGGAAAAGAGAGAAAUUGAAAAUAAGAUUGAAGAGUUAAAGGAUGAUUGGGUUCAAGAACAACAAAAAGCAAAAACUGCCAAAGAAAAUUUAGAAAGACAGCUUGAAAUUUUGAAAAGGCAAUCGUCGUCACCUGAUCCUUCAGCAGCGAAGAUUAGAGAGCUUAGCCAGAAGAAUGAUGAUCUUAUGAUGAAAUUGGAAGAGGAAUGCAAAAAAAAUCAGAAACUUUUAGCUAAGCAUGAGGCACAGGAGCAAGAACACGUAUUGCUGAAAGCCCAAACUGAAACAGACAAAGAGAAACUCCAAGAGUUGGACAUGCUCAGAAGAAAGCUUCAACAAGCAGAUACCAUUGAAACACGCUUAGUGAAGGAAAACACUAAUCUCAGCCGAAGAUUGGUAGAAAUGCAAAAGAAUAUUGCUGAAUUGGAAAGUAACGUAGAAAGUAGAUGCGUUGGUUUGGAGCUCGAAAAGAACCGACUUAAAAGUACUCUGGAGGAUAAACAGCGAGAAUAUGAACAACUACUAAAUGAAAACGAGAUGAAUGGAUAUCAAGUAUCUCAGAUGAGAAAAGACAACGAUGAUCUUAGGAGUAAGUUAGACGACUAUGAGAGAAUAAACAAAGCUCAGCGAACAUUAAGUGAACAUAAUUCGCACUUGGAACAGGAACUGAAAAAACUUCACAUCCAAUUAGAAACUGCAGAAAUGAAUGUGAAAUCUGAGGUUGCGGCCACUCGCUUACGCUAUGAACAACAAGUGACCAAUCUUCAUAACGAAUUAACUGGCUUACAACGGCAGUGCGAGAGAUUUAAGCGGGAUCGCGAUACGUUUAAGCAACUGGUUGAAGCAGCUCAAAAACAAAUUGGCGAUAUGAAAGCCAAUCGACGCAGUUUGGCAUCGGUGACGAGCAGCAGUGAUGAUGAUGACAAAUCUAAAAUCGUCGCCCUGGAGCAACAAAUUGGUUGCUUGGAAGAUGAGCUCAGCGAAGCGCGAUUGGAAGCAAGCAAAGUAAGAACGGAGCUCAUUUCUGAGCUUAGUGCUUCUGAGAUCAAGAUUUCUGAAAUGCAAUCCAAGAUUAAUGAGCUCGAGGAAGAAAAGAUCAUAAGUGGAGGUAAAAGCAAAGUCCCUGGAACAAAGACCAGGUUGGAGUUGUCAUGGCAAAAGGAGCGUGAAGACUUGCAACGAUUGGUACAGGAAACAUCAACUCUAGCCAGAGAUCUACGGCAGACGUUGUUUGAGGUGGAACGAGAGCGGGACAAGGAGAAGCUAGAGUCUCGUCGUAAAAUAGACCAAAUUAAAAAGACAACUGAGGAAGAAAUAGAUGAAGGUAGAAGAAAAGUAACGGAACUACAAAGUGACCUAUUAGAAUUGAGGGAUGCUCAUGCUAAACUGAGAACAGCUAACGAAAAACUUAGACGUGACCGAGAGCGGUACGAGCGUGAACGAGAAAGCACUGCCCGGCGACGCCUGGAAAUGGAAGGUGAUCGCAGAAUUGCAGCAGUGUUGCAAAGCGUCGAUGAGUUAAUCAGGAUGGCUCCUGGUAUUCCAAAGACUACUGACAAGCAAGACUCUACCAUAACCACGAGCACAGGAAAGACUAUCAGCGCAAAUGCCCCCAUUCCAACACCCCCAAUGCGUCAUAAGAGUCCUUCGCCUGGCCCAGGAGGAACCGCGUCACAGCCGAGAACGGUAACGUCAGUAUUAACAAGACUAGCCGAAGCAUCCGAGGACCUUAGACGCUACCAGAGAAUGUGUGAUGAGGAGAAAGAUAGAGAAAGAAUGCGUCGUGGUGGAAUGAGAAGGGCUGCUUCCCAGGAGAACGACGCUGUCGAAGGCCAUUCGGGUAGACCUGUUAUGAGAAGUUUGUAUAAGAAGAGUUUGUCGCUAGAUCAAUCUCUGCAAAAUGAACAACAAGGAGUAAGUUGACCAAUGAUAAUUUGAGAGCUCAGAGUUUUUAACGUUUUUUUUUUUUUGUUACAGCUUAUUUGGAAGGAAGGAGAUGAUAGUAUGUCUUCGUUGCAAUCUCUUGAUUCUGAAUAUGGGGCCAUGAUCCACAGAGAUUCCAGUAUGGAUUCUCGCCUGUCGGGAGGAUCAACACAAAGUGAUAUGCCAAGAAUGAGAAAGAAAAAACGGGGUCUGAUAGGAAAACUGCGUAGUCUAAGCCUUACUAGGAACAAGGGUAGUGAAAGUGAUUUUUCGAUUCAAGGAUCUGAUUCGGACCUAAGCAUUGCGGGUGAUAUUCGAUCUAGCAAAAGCAAUCUAAAGGGAAAGCUGUCCGGAAUGUUUAGACGAGCAGGAUCUGCGUCAAGAGCAGGAAGUAACGAUUCACUAGAUCGAGAAGUGCACAAACCGGUAGCAAUUCAAACAUUAGGAAAUGGUCCAACUGCGAUAGGACAUCCCCCAAUACCACGACCAGUGUCUGCCAGUACCCCACAUUUGUCUAGACAGGCUGGAAAACCGCCCACCCCGUCCAUGGUACCAGCGCAAAGGCGACGAGUGGCAGCUACAAAUCCAUCCCAACCAGGCCCACCUAAUUCCGGAACCCUACCAAGAUGA